CGGCCCUCCGCGAAGACGGAUGGGGUGAGCGACAGCGCGCGGUCCAGCUGUCAGCGCGGCCGCAGCGCCGCCGCGGGCGAGCCCCUCCUCCCCGCGCUCCCCGGCCGCGGGGGAGCCAUGGCGGCCAGCGAGGAGGACGGGGGCGGCAGCGGCUCGGUGGAGGAGAAGGGGAGCGGCAGGAAGCGGAGGCUGGGCGCCCUGGCCACGGCCUGGCUCAUCUUCUACAACAUCGCCAUGACCGCCGGGUGGCUGGUCUUGGGUAUUGCCAUGGUGCGGUUUUAUAUGCAGAAAGGAACACACAAAGGCUUAUUCAGAAGUGUUCAAAAGACACUUAAAUUUUUCCAGACAUUUGCUUUGCUUGAGGUAGUCCACUGUGCAGUUGUUCACACCUCUGUGCUUGUGACUGGGGUCCAAGUGAGUUCAAGAAUCUUCAUGGUGUGGUUCAUUACACAUAGCAUAAAACAGAUCCAGAAUGAGGAGAGCGUUAUUCUUUUUCUGGUCGUAUGGACUGUGACAGAGAUUACUCGAUAUUCCUUCUACACAUUCAACCUGCUCAACCAUUUGCCAUACUUCAUUAAAUGGGCCAGUUUUUAUAUAGGUUUCAGGAGGAGAAAUGCAUUCAGAAGUUCUACAUUGAUUGACAUGCUUUUUACCAUCAAAUACAACUUUUUUAUCAUCUUGUAUCCUGUUGGAGUUGCAGGUGAACUGUUGACUAUAUACGCUGCCUUACCAUAUGUGAAGAAAACAGGAAUGUUUUCGCUGAGACUUCCCAACAAAUACAAUGUUUCUUUUGACUACUAUUACUUCCUUAUUGUUAUCAUGUUCUCCUAUAUACCGUUAUUUCCACAACUCUACUUCCACAUGCUGCGGCAGAGAAGAAAGGUGCUUCAUGGAGAAGUGAUUGUAGAAAAGGACGAUUGACUCAACCCUGUAACUAUGGUGCUUUUAAUGGAAAAAUGAGGGUAAAAAAUCAAAACUUCCUGUGAUUUUUCUGAGUCCAAGUUUUAAAACAUGGAACAAGAAUAAACAACUGUGCAUAAAAUAA